ACGGCAGUUUUCCGAGGGAACUCGAUCCUUUGUCGGUCUGUUUUCUAUCAUUUUUCAGUAAAAUUUCCUUAGCGCUUUGAAGUGGCAUGCCUGAGUGUUCUAAUGAAUGAUGUGGGAUUUAAAUGUAACUUGAGUGAUAAUUUUUCUGAAUAGACGGCGAUAUGGACUGAAGAAAAUGACACCAAGCAUCACUUUCUCCAAUAUAUGUUUCAGCAGUAUGCAGUCAUCGGCAAUCUUCAAGAACUCUGGGGGUUCAUUUUAUAAUUACCAAUAGAUAUUUAAAAUAACCAGAUUGUGAAGUGCAAUAUUUAGUUAAAGAUAAAUAGAUUGAUAGUAACUCGUGUAAUGAAAUUAGCAGAAAUGUGUAAAUAGAAUGAUAUUUAGCGGUUCGUAAGCAUUUGUGUGCAACGCUUGGAUCUCAUGGACAACAACUGAUGGUCAGUCCGAAAACUUGCGUGACAAAAUUGGGUCAUAGGGGUGUGCAGUGAAGUGGGGAUUUUCACAAAGUGAAUUUAUUACUCCAAGAGGAAAAUAUGGGCUGUGAAUUAGGAAAAUUGGCGAGCCGCGAUAAUCGCAAUGGGGCCCGGAAAUUCGAAGAGCCGACUCCACCCCAAGUACAGGUAGAUCCCCGGCUACCUCUUACAGCGAAACAAAAAUACAACAUGAUGGCUUCAUGGAAAGGGAUCAGCAGAGCCAUGGAAAGUACCGGAGUCUGUAUGUUUCUUAAGCUCUUUGAGGAACACAGUGAACUGCUUCUACUUUUCGAAAAAUUCAAAUCCCUGAAAUCGAAAGAAGACCAAGCAACUAGUUUGGAGUUAGCUGAACAUGCGACAACCGUUAUGAGUACGUUGGAUGAAGGCAUUAAAGGUCUUGAUGACUUAGACACAUUUUUCGAGUACCUGAAUCAAGUCGGAGCUAGUCAUCGAAGGAUACCAGGAUUUAAAGCCGAGUAUUUUUGGAGAAUUGAGAAGCCAUUUCUGGAGGCAGUAGAGACGACAUUAGGGGACCGAUAUACGUCUAAUGUAGAAAACAUAUACAAAAUAACGAUAAAAUUUAUAAUAGAGACCCUCGUUAAAGGAUUUGAGAAUGCCAACGCUACUUGAACUUAAAGACAAAUGAGCCAAAAUAGACUGAAGCAACUAACAAGAAGACAAAUAUAGCGAGAGCACACCCUGAAACUUGCAUAGUAACAUUUUGUACGUUUUAAAAUAUUUCCAGUAUUUUUUUAUUAUUUCUUGGUCGCCCGUGUGUUCAAAUUAAAGUUAAUAAUCUUCAUUGUUUAAAGUAACUUAUUGUUUUAUAUAUGUAGUCGUUUAGAAGAGAGUGGCAUAGAGCAGCGUCAAAAACCUAAUUGGAUGAAUUUAAGUAUCAUUAACACGUGAGCCAAACUUUUUACGAUUUAAUCACUUAAAUAUUCAUUGACGUAUUAGAUUCUCCAAAAAUCGAAAUGUUUUACUUUAGAUAAUAAAACACUAUAUGUAUACAUUUCUAGUGAGGAUGUUUGUAAAUAUUCUUUGACUUACAUAAACAUUUCAUGUUAUACAUGUAUGUCCGUUAUUUCAUUGAAUGAAUUAUUUCUCGUAUAAAAUUAGUUAAUAAAUCGUGCAUGUAAAUGAAUGUAUAUGCAGAAACAUUUAUAAUUCACUAAAGUGUUAGAAUAUGCCAUAUAUGAAAGCGUAAUAAUUUUACUUUGAAUCACAGGUUUUGUAAAUAACAUCGAUGUAUUUAACAAUUAUUGACAGUUUUUUCUAAACAAAACAAACACUUGGAAAAAGUAUUUUCUAAAUGGAACGAGGCAAAGCAAAGUAAUCCAUUUAAAACGUUGGUCCGUUGUUAUGUACCUUAAGUUGUCGUUCCGAAUAAAUGUGUAAUAUCUAGUCAUAGUAUAUUUAGCAAAAUACGAAAUAAAUGUAUAAAAUGCUUUAAAUAUUUGAGAGAGUAACGGGUGAUUGGUGACUUAUAGCAUCAUCUCAACUGUUUAAAACACAUUUGCAUGAAAUGAAAUGUUUUUCGUAUAAUAAAGUGUCAAUUCAGAUAAAAAAUCAAA